AUGGCUACAAGAGCAGUGAGAUAUGCUAUGUGUGCAAUUUUUGGAUCUUUUGGUUUUCGAGAUAGAUGCUUUCACGAGACCAUGACAUUUAAAGGUAAUCCUGCAGCUAUAUGUUUCUUAGAGGAUGGACACCAAGUGGAUGAUGAGUGGAUGCAAUCUGUUGCCAAGGAGAUCAACAUCUCGAGGGCUCGCUUUCUUGACCCGUGCUAUCUCGAUGACAACCCGCGGUUUAAUCUUCGGUGGUUCACUCCGAUCGAUGAGGUUGAUCUUUGUGGUCAUGCAACUUUGGUUGCAGCGCAUUUUCUUUUAUCAUAUGGCUUGGUAAAAUGUGAUGUCAUUGAGUUUGCUACAAAAUCUGGAAUUUUGACUGCUACAAAAGUCUAUGGAAUCAAGCAGUCAACCUUAUUUAAUGUUAAGGCUGAAAACUUUAUCAAAUCCAAUGGAGAAAAAGAAAGCUUUUCAAUUGAGUUGAACUUUCCUGUAUGCAAGGUUGUUGAAUCCGAUCCCGGUGAGAUCCCAUCUAUUCCUGAAACUUUGAAUGGUGCAUCUAUGAUCAAUGUUACAAAGAGAAGCUCAUCUGAUGACCACAUUGUACUCCCUUGCCCAUCCCUUAAUCUUUGA